AUGCUCAGAGCGCAGGCUGGCUUCGGUCUCCUGAGGUCAUGUCUGGCUUCUCUGAAACCACGGCCCAAUCCCUCCGGCUGGCGUAGCUAUGCCUCGGAAGCACAACCCGAGGUCGUAGCGGAUGCCUUCGUCCGCACGACAGCACUUUUCAAAACAUACAAACCGGUCACCCCAGGUCUGCGGCAUCUGCGCCGACCCCUCAACGACCAUCUAUACGAAGGACGACCUGUCCGACUUCUGACCAUAGCUAAACGGAAAAAAGGUGGUCGAAACAACCGGGGUGUCAUCACUGUUCGACAUCGUGGAGGAGGACACAGACAGAGAAUACGGACGGUGGAUUUCAGGCGUGAGGCGCCCGGUAUACACGACGUUGUGCGAAUAGAGUAUGACCCAGGUCGGUCAGCGCAUAUUGCGCUCGUACGAAACCGGGAUCCCGAGGCGCAGGGGAUGAAGAAAUGGAGCUACAUUCUUGCGACUGAGGGAAUGAGGGCCGGUGACGAGGUCCAGAGCUUCCGACAAGGAAUACCAGAAGGAUUUGUUCCUGGCUUCGACGAGAUGCAGAAGGAAGAGAUGGAGCGGAAACUGAUAGAGACGGACGAGGGCGAAGAAGGUGAACAAGUGGAUAAUUCCGCGCAGUCACUCGCUAUUGGUAUUCUCCGUACCAUGACCCUCAAGCCUGGCAACGUUCUUCCCCUCCGACUCAUCCCCCCUGGCACAGUCAUCCACAACAUUUCACUUUCUCCGCAAGGUCCUGGUCUUCUGGUGCGUUCCGCCGGAUCGUUCGGACAGGUCAUCACACAUGAGGACUCUGGGAGGUACACCCAUGUACGCCUUCAAAGUGGUGAAGUGCGAAAGGUGUUACAGGAGUGUUGCGCAACGAUCGGCAAAGUAAGCAACCCGCUCUGGAAAAGUAGACAGCUGGGCAAGGCUGGUAGGGCGCGCUGGCUCGGACGCAGACCGUCUGUACGAGGUGUGGCUAUGAACGCCAAUGACCAUCCCCACGGUGGUGGUCGUGGCAAGUCCAAGUCGAAUAAACAUCCGGUAUCUAUUUGGGGAUGGGGAACGAAAGGAACGCGUACCAGGAAGCCAGGUCCCAAAGGUCCCAAGAACAGUAACAAAAUGGUUGUCAAAGAACGACCCCGAGGGAAAGAGAAGCGAAGCAACUAG